AUGGGAGAGAGAGGCGAAAGUGCAUCAUCAAACAUCAGGGCAUGCGCGGCCUGCAGGCACCAGCGGAGCAGGUGCCGCCCGGGCUGCAUCCUGGCCCCCUACUUCCCGGCCCAACGCACCGCCCAGUUCAACGCCGUCCACCGCCUUUUCGGCGUCAGAAACCUCCUGUGGCUCUACAAUAACGCUCCAAGCGAGCACCGCGACCACGCCAUGAAGAGCCUGACGUACGAGGCGUUGGCCUGGCGCUACCAUCCCGUGCAUGGCUGCCUCGGCGUCAUCUAUGACCUUUAUGUUAAGAUCGAUGCGACCAGCCGUGAACUCGACGCAACUUCCCUUCUGCUGGCUUCCUAUCGCCGGCAGCAGGAGGAGGAGCAACAACAAAUGAUGAUGAUGCCGCCGCCGCCGCUGGCACCGAUGCCGGAGCUUCAUGCGGAUUCUUUUCCACAGCAGCAGCAGCUGGCACCGCUAUCGCCACCAUUGCUGCCCACUAUUUUGAUGAAUUUGGAUGAUGAUAGAGGGGUCAACAUUGGGAGAAUGAACGAGCGCGGUGGGAGUUCGCAUGGAUGGCGGCUAUCAGACGAGGAGGCUAUGAGAGCAUUUAACCCAGCGGCAGAACUUCUCAAUCCAGCGGCGGAUCUGCCAGGUAUGUCGAUGUUGGUGAAUACAAACUUCUUGAUGGAUGGUGAGUGA